AUGUCGUGGAUAAUCGAACCAAGCGAUGAUGCAUCUUCAGCCAUUAGCAUUCAAGGUAAUACCGUUGCUUGUCAGAAAGAAGGUUUCUAUGGCAGUCCAAUCAACGUCCUUUGGAAAGAUCCAGCUGAGAAUUCGGGAUUAUAUUAUUGGCAAAUUGAAUUUAUACAAUUAGAUGAACAGGGCAGCGUUAGUGUUGGUCUAACUACACAGGAUCAUUUCAAAGCUGGUUAUGCCAUAAAGGCAAUAGAAUAUAAUGGUAACUUAGCUGACGGUAGUGCUCUCUUGGUUGGGUCAUUUGGUGAUCGUAUUAAACGAGGUGAUAAUAUUGGCAUUUUGCUCAAUCUGACUGACAGUGAUAUGAAAGUGCAUUUGUUUCUCAAUGAACGACCAUUAGGCUUGGCAUUCCAUGUACAAGCUCCAUUCCCCAAACCUUUGUUUCCAGUCGUUAGCUUCAGUACAAAUGGUGAAGCUACAAUUGUUCAUUCAAAACAAAUUCCAACCUCGCUCAAUCGACAAGAAGAACACUUCGAUGGUAUUGAAGGUCACUGGAAACUAGUUGACUACCCGCAACAUAGUGACUGUACUGGCUAUAAUUUUCAUCUAUUUAAAAAAGAUGGAACCGAUGAUAAUAUCUACUCUCUUUCGACUCGUGUUAUAAACUCUAUGACUAACAAUCUUACUCAUGAUUCGUCCACAAAUCAAUGGAAAAGUCACGGUGGUAUGCAAACACUGAUGGGAGGAGAUCAAGAAUCAAUGCGAAAGGAAGAUGUGAUCAGUAAACUGAUCAAUGGUAUAACAGGUAUUGAGUUACAAGGACAACAAUUGGUUAUGACAUCGAAUGGAAAUCAAGUGAAACUUGAACGAUAUACACCGGAACCUCCAAAAACAUACACGAAAAAUGUUUUCGCAGGAGAAUAUUAA